CAGAGCCAUCUAUUGAGAGAGAGAGAAAGAGAGAGACUUCCGCUUAGUCUUUCAUUUUCGAGCGACUCGUAAACAUGGCACCGGCGCCGAAGAAAACCAAGGGUCCCGCCAAGAAGCAAGUCCUUCGGGGCAAGGGACAGAAGAAGAAGGUGUCCGUGAAAUUCACGAUCGACUGCACUCAUCCUGUGGAGGAUAAUAUCAUGGACGUAGCAAAUUUUGAAAAAUAUUUGCAUGAAAGGAUCAAGGUUAAUGGUAAGACCAAUAAUUUUGGUAAUAAUGUUACAUUGGAGCGCAACAAGAUGAAACUUUCAGUCAACAGCGAUGUUGAUUUCUCAAAGCGGUACCUCAAAUAUUUGACAAAGAAGUACUUGAAGAAAAACAAGUUGCGUGAUUGGCUGCGAGUUGUAUCAAAAGACAAAGAUACGUAUGAAUUACGAUACUUCCAGAUUAAUAGCCAAGAAGACGACGACGAGGAGGAUGCCGAGUAGAACGUUUUUUAAUCUUUUAAUAUUCGGUUUCAGACGUAUCUGUAAAUAAACCUACCAAUGAAAAACAGAA